GCUUCGUGACCCCAUCGUUAAACGUUGUCCUGCACAGCAGCACGUCGCUGCCGUCAACUUUCAAGCAUGCCAUGUACCUCUCCAUCCCCAUCGUGCGAUCCUCGUACCUCACCGCGUGCAUGCAGUUGCUUGAGUCGCGUGACGCCGCGCCUAACACGCCAUGGACUGGCUGGCCGUUGCACGAAUCGUACACGCCCACACCGCCCACGCCGCACGAGCAGAACAUGGAAGCACUGCUCCCGCUCGAAGGCGAUGCGCCGGAGGAGCUGUCGGACCGGACAAUACGCAAGCUUGCUACGUACCUCGGUAUCCUCGAUUGGAAGGAGCAGCAGCAGCAGGCUUCCGGUUGCGAUGUCGAUCAUGUCAGCGAUUGCCCCAAAGCUGCACAGCUCCGGCACUGCGUGCGGCAGAAGCUGCACUUGCUAUGCAUGGGCCAUGCGAAUGUCGAGAGACUCAAGGGCCUGACGGUCCUCUACGCUAUGACCGCAACCGAUGACGAGAUUGAUGCCGAGGUCAGUGAUGGGACGAAGCUAUUCAGGCGUAUUGGCCCCGUGUAUAAUGCACAAGCAUGCUGACCCAAAGUUUGACAUCUUGAAGAUUGGACAUGUCGAACUCACGACGCUGCGCCUGAUGGGCGCCGUCUUGCACAUCAAGCUCUUCCGACCAGGAUUUAUGCGGAGCGAGAUGGAUGCCGCUAUCCAAGAGAUCAGCGCUGGCGCACUAAAGCGUUACAUGCCAUACACUCCAAGCGCUCGCGGCG